AGCGCGCGCCACACAGGUGAGCAACAGGAGCGCGCCGCAGCGCUUGCAGGUGUUCUGUGACGUCACCGCCAGUGCCUAGUUACUCCUCCAAAGAUUUACUGACAAAUACACCACAUCCGCGCGCGGACAUACUGGAGUUUAUCAGGUCCUGUAAAGGAGUAAAACGGCUCGAGAGCACUUCAGAGGUUUUGUUAUUUUAAACAGAUGGGCGGAAAGAGUCAGGAGGAAGAGCAAAACAGCUCCGAGUAUGGUGAACAGGCUCAAUAUGACCCCACAUUCAAUGGCCCCAUUCACAAAAGGAGUUGUACAGACAUCAUAUGUUGCGUUCUGUUCAUGCUGGUCAUCACCGGUUACAUGGUGGUAGGAAUUCUUGCCUGGUUAUAUGGAGACCCACGGCAUGUGCUGUAUCCCAGGAACUCCACCGGAAUGUUCUGUGGGCUUGGAGUGAACAAAGAUAAGCCUAAUGUCCUGUAUUUUGACAUCCUCAAAUGCGCCACAGCGACCAACAUCAUGGCUGCAGCUCUACAGGGACUCCAGUGUCCAACCACACAGGUUUGUGUGAAGUCGUGUCCGGCUGAGUUCUGGGUGUUGUCUCCGUUAGCAUACUCACCGAACGCAAAGCCAGCGGAUUAUUUCAAACAGGAAUUAUGUGUGCCGUCAUUUCAACUGCAAGGCACAAACCUUUCAUCGAUACAGAUCACAAAUCAAGAGCUGUGUCCAUUUUUCCUCACACCAACAACCUCUGUGUUGGGAAGAUGUUUGCCCAGUUUCGGAGGAGAUGCGUUUAAUCCGAGUAACAUUCCCUCAAACUUCAGCAUUCAUGGCAUGAGUGCAAAUCAGUCUGUGACCGCCAUCAUGAACGCGACAGGUGUUGCAGGUGCAUCAAACGACCUGGCAAACGGUUUUAACGCCAAAGACGUCGGCUUGCGCAUCUUUGAGGACUUCGCGAAGUCGUGGCAGUGGAUCGUAGCUGGUCUGGUUAUUGCGAUGGUAGUGAGUGUUCUGUUCCUGCUGUUGUUGCGCUUCACGGCGCCCAUCAUGGUGUGGGUGCUCAUCAUUGGGGUUUUGGCUGUGGGCGCCUUCGGGAUCUGGUACUGCUAUAAUGAAUAUCAGUCGCUAGCUAACUCAAGCCUGACCUUCAAUAAUGUGGGUUUCACCUCUAAUGUUAAAGUCUAUCUACAGGUGCGAGACACCUGGCUGGCAUUCUUGAUUAUUCUGUGUAUUGUCGAAGCAAUUCUGCUGUUGGCGUUAAUCUUCUUGAGGACUCGUAUUCUCAUUGCCAUCGCACUUAUUCAAGAGACCAGCAAGGCAUUGGGUCACAUGAUGUCGACACUUUUCUACCCCAUCAUCACAUUUGUGCUGCUGUUGGUGUGUGUGUCGUACUGGGGCAUUACAGCACUAUAUCUGGCUACGUCAGGUGGGCCCGUGUACAAGGUUGUGGCACUAAAUGCCACUCAGGGCGACUGCAGCACCAUACGCGCCAAUGAGACAUGCGACCCUGAGAAGUUUAACAGUACGCAGUACCCCACAUGUCCGUCUGCUCGCUGUGUGUUUAUAAACUAUAACACCGAGGGUCUGUUCCAGAGGAAUCUCUUUAACCUGCAGAUCUAUAACGUGGUGGCGUUCCUGUGGUGUGCUAAUUUCGUCAUUGCUCUGGGACACUGUACGCUGGCUGGAGCGUUCGCUUCGUAUUACUGGGCCUUCAGUAAACCUGCAGAUAUCCCAACAUUCCCUCUGACACAGUCCUUUAUGAGAGCACUACGGUAUCACGUGGGCUCGCUGGCGUUUGGCGCUCUGAUUCUCACGCUGGUUCAGCUCGUCAGAAUCAUUCUGGAGUAUUUGGAUCACAAGUUUAAAGAGGCUCAGAACCCGUGCGCGCGGUUCAUCAUGUGCUGUCUCAAAUGCUGUUUCUAUUGUCUGGAGAAGUUCAUCAAGUUUAUCAACAGAAACGCUUACAUCAUGAUCGCCAUAUACGGGAAAAACUUCUGUGUGUCGGCUAAGAAUGCUUUCUUCCUGCUCAUGAGGAAUAUUGUGAGGGUGGUGGUUCUGGAUAAAGUGACGGAUCUUCUGCUGUUCUUCGGGAAGCUGCUGGUUGUUGGUGGAGUUGGUGUGUUGGCGUUCUUCUUCUUCUCCGGAAGAAUUCAGGCUUCAGGAACCACGUUUCAAAUCGCUGCUCUGAACUACUACUGGAUGCCCAUCAUAACUGUUGUAUUCGGUGCGUACCUCAUUGCUCACGGAUUCUUCAGUGUCUAUAACAUGGGCGUCGACACACUCUUCCUGUGUUUCUUGGAGGAUCUGGAGCGUAACGACGGAAGUCCACAGAAACCUUAUUUCAUGUCCAAAAACCUGAUGAAGAUCUUAAACAAGAAGAACAAACAGCCAAAGACAGGCUGAUGAUGGUGAUGAUGAUGAUGAUGAUGAAACUUUUCACACUCAAGCACAGUCAUUUUUAAACUCAAUAUACAGAACGCAAUUCAUGUUCAGACACUUUAAAACCACUUUAUUCUCCAUUUCAUUUUCUGAAAUCAAUGCAAAUUUUCAAAAUCAUGUCACAGAGUUUUAGUCCUGCUAAAAAACAUCCAUAUAAGGUGGUUUACUGAGCUUAUCUGAAAAGUGCCCCAAAACCCUCUAAAACCAGCAAACCAGACUGCAGCACCUGUUAAGCCAUCUUUCAGCAGGGAAACACAAGUUACUGUUUUAACUCGUCUAUCACAACCACCAAAGAUUAUUUAAGGAUACUGUUAACAUGCUUUCUGCUUUUACUGAAAAUGUGCCAGUGAAUUUGAGCUUGUUUUUGUUUGUCUGUUUGAGGCACUUUGUCUAAAGCGAAGUCAAGAAACUGACUCGAGAAACGGUCAGUGCAUUUGGACUGAAGAUGUCUGAGAGCCGAAGCAUGUAGUCGCCAUUAUUAGCACCAUAAAUAUCAUUUUUAUUCAAUUUUUUUAUUUUACAACCCAAGAUAUGCACAGCUAGACUAUGUGUGUGUGUGUGUGUGUGUGUGUGAAAAAGUAUUUGCCCCCUUCCUGAUUUCCUGUAUUUCUCAUACUAAAUUCUUUUGGAUCUUCAAACAAGAUAUAACAGCCUGAGUAACACAAAAUACAGUUUUCAAAUAUAUAUAUAUUUUUUAUUGAAGCAAAAAAAAGUUAUCGAACACCUAUAUCACCCAUGUGAAAAACUAACUGCCCCCUUAAACUUAAUAUCUGGUUGUGCCACCUUUAGCAGCAACAACUGCAACCGAACGCUUCUGAUAACUGGAGAUCAGUCUUUCACAACACUGGGGGGGAAUUUUGUCCCACUCUUCUUUGUAGAACUGCUUUAGUUCAGACACAUUAGAGGGUUUUCAAGCAUGAACUGGCCGUUUAAGGUCCUGCCACAGCAUCUCAAUCGGGUUCAGGACUUUGACUAGGCCACUCCAAAACUUUAAUUUAGCUUCUUUUGAGCCAUUCAGAGGUGGACUUACUCCUAUGCUUUGGAUCAUUGUCUAAGUUGUGCUUGAGCUUCAACUCACGGACUGAUGACCGGACGUUCUCCUUUAGGAUGAUCUGGUAGAGAGCAGAAUUCAUGUUUCCCUCAAAGCAUCCCCAAACCAUCACACUCCCAUCAUCAUCAUGCUUGACCGUAGGUAUGAUGUUCUUUUUGAGGAAUUCUGUGUUUGAUUUACGGCAGAUGUAACGGGACCCCUGUCUUCCAAACAGUUCCACUUUCGACUCAUCAGUCCACAGAACAUUCUCCCAAAAGUUUUGAGGAUCAUCAAGGUGUGUUUUGGCAAAAUUCAGACGAGCUUUAAUGUUCUUCUGGGUUAGCAGUGGUUUUCUCCUCGCCACUCUUCCAUGGAUGGCAUUUUUGGGCAGUGUCUUUCUGAUAGUGGAGUCAUGAACAGUGACCUUUAUUGAUGCGAGAGAGGCCUGCAGUUUCUUGGAUGUUGUCCUUGGCUUUUUUGUGACUUCCUGGAUGAGUCGUCAAUGUGCUUUUGGAGGAAUUUUGGAAGGACGGCCACUUCUGGGACGGUUCACUACUGUGCCAAGUUUUCUCCAUUUGGAGAUAAUGGCUCUCACUGUGGUUCUUUGGAGUCCCUUUAAAACAGCUUUGUAACCCUUCCCAGACUGAUGUAUUUCAAUCAUCUUUUUCCUCAUCAGAGUUUCUUUCGACCUUAGCAUAGUGUGCUACUGGAUGAGACCUUUUAGCCAACUUCAUGCUGCUGGGUAACUUUUUGGCUUCAAUAACAUUAUCAUUUAAAAACUGUAUUUUGUGUUUACUCAGAUUGCCUUUGUUUUAUGUUUGAUUUUGUUUGAAUUUUUGAAACGAUUUAGUGCAAGAUAUACACAAAAACAGACGAAAUCAGGAUGGGGGCAAAUAAUUUUUCACAGCACAAUAUAUAUAUAUAUAUAUAUAUAUAUAUUGCAUGUAUAACUGUUAUUGAUGACUGAUUUUUGGUGUAGAUGAAUAAUUAUAUUUUAAGUUUGUUAUACCAAAAUAACCCACUUUUUUCACUUUGAAAUGCACAAAUAAAAACACAGUCCAACAUUUUUAGAUCAUUUUUUAAUUUUUAAAGAGCUCUUUUUUUAUUAUUAUUUGUUUUAUAGUUGCAUUAGUGUGUGCUCACAUGUCAACACUGUUUUAUAUGAUUUGUAUAUCUGGUACUGUGUGAUUUUUAAAGUGGAAAUGAACAGAGAUAUUUAUUGAGACAUUAAAGUGUAAUAAAAAUGAGGAAUAUUAA